GGAAACUUUCCAAGAGAAAGAAGAUUAGCUGUUUCCGAGGGUAGUUUCCCCGUUCAUCAAGGUUUUAUUUGCAUGUCAAUACUGCUACGAACACAUACCGCUUGUUAUAUUUCAAGAGAGCUAAGGUGAUCAAUUUGCUGUUACCAUAAUGGAAUCCAAAUUUUUUCGGUUUCUUAAGAUAGUGGGUGUUGGAUACAAAGCAAGAGCUGAAGCAGAAGGACGCCUCUUGUUUCUCAAAUUGGGAUACAGUCAUGAGGUUGAACUCACAGUUCCUCCUGCUGUUCGUGUUUUCUGCUUCAAGAACAAUGUAGUUUGUUGCACUGGAAUUGACAAGCAAAGGGUGCACCAGUUUGCUGCUUCUGUUCGUAGUUGCAAACCUCCUGAAAUUUACAAGGGCAAGGGUAUAAUGUACAUUGAUGAAGUGAUCAAGAGGAAACAAGGAAAGAAAUCAAAAUGAU